AAAUUUACUGUUGAAGGACUUCAUUCUUCUGAAAUUACUUCAUUAGAAUGGUCAAAAAAUGGAAUUAAAUUUUUUAGUGGUGAUGUUAAUGGUGUUGUUGUUUGCACUGAAAUAGAUCAUUUGGAGCAUCAAAGCAGAUCUCGGAUAUUACUGAAUGAACAAAGUCAAAUAGUCCAACUGAGUUACAACAGAAUGCACCUUGUUGUGUCCACACUUUUACAGUCUGUGAUAUACUCCUUUAUACAUAAUAAAGUUGUGAAAAUUGGGCAAAAAGAUCGAAAAAGCCCAGGGAACUUUGGUGCAGUUAUUAUAGAUGGUGGUAAUAUGGAAGAUGGUAUAGUGCUUGCAGCUCGACCUGGUCAAAGGCUAUGGAAAUCCAACAUUUCUGGUGUAAUCCAGGAAACCAUGAUUUUCAAAAGUGCUUUAUCUCAGGAACAUCCUCAAGUGCAGUAUCUGACAGAAUCAAUAAACCAAAUUAAUUUAGCUAAUGUGCAGUUUGGUCAACUUGCUGUAUAUGAUGACAGUUAUAUCCUAAUUUGGUCUGAUUCUGCUGUGCUGCUCAUUGAUCCAGAACAGAAAUCUGUAGUUUCUUCUUAUCAGAAGACAAACAUUGCUGAUGUUGCCACUUUCAAGGAUGAAAUUUUUGUGUUGGUUGGUUUACGCCACAUUAUUCGAAUUGCACCCAGUCCAGAAAUUUAUUCCUAUGAAAAAGGUGCAGAAGAAUCAUCUUUAAUUGAAGACAUUUUGGAACCCUUUAAAGAUUUGGGUUUAGUGAAGGAACGCGGCGAUACUUUUUCUGCCACAACAGAGAAUAGUUCUAGCCUUUUUAAUUGGUUAAGGAAAAAGAGAUCAGUGAGUACGCCAGCAGCUUUAACACCAGAGAAAAAAGCUGAAGUAAAUAGUAUUAAACUACCACGUGAAGAAACUUUGCCAGAUGUUGUAAAAUUAGAAUCUUCAGAUUGCAUUCCUAUUAAACUUGAUGAACAUUUCAUUUCUGCCGAGGAUUCUGAAAAUGCUGAUUAUGAUAAUAAUUCAAAGGAAAAUGAUUUUGAUGAAAUUGUCUUCAGGCCAAAGAAAAAAAAGAAGGCAAAAAAAGUUCGUUUUCAAAAGGCACUUGUAGACAAACACAGCAAGAAUUCUUCAGAUACAAAUACUGAACUGAAAACUUCCUUAAAGACUGAUGAACAGUUAGAUAACAAUGCAGAAAAGAAAAAAACACAGAUUGCAAUUGAUGUUCCUGAUUCUUUAGAUCUAGAAAUCAAUGAUGAUGUAGCAAUUAAUGAGAUGGGCAGUACUGACUUAAAACAAUCUUUAGAUUUAAAAGUGAAUCAUAGUGAUCAUAAUGAUAAUAAUGUAUCAAGAAGUGAUACAGACAAUACUGAGUUGCAAAAUACUGCAUCUUUAUAUAGUGAUAAACCAUCUGAAACUCAGUAUGAUGCUAGUCAAAGAAAUAAUAUAUUUAAUACGGAACUAGAAAAUAUUCCUCUGUCCAAUUCUAAUGUUAAAUUGUCUGAUUCUCAAAUAGAAAAAGAUGUUAAUCUAAACUUGUGUGUUUCUGAUUCUCUUCUUUCUGAGAAUGAUAAAACGUCCUCAAGUUUAUUAAGUAAAAUUAAUGAUAAUGCAAAUUAUAGUGAUUUGUCUAAUCAGCAAACUCACAGUACUGAUAUAAACAGUAGAGAUGCUUCUUGUGAAAAUUGUAACGUUUUAGAUGAAAUAUAUCAAUCUUUAGAUAAUGAAAUGUAUGUAUCUAAGCAAUCAAAUCUUCCUUGUUCUGCCAGUCAAAGUGAUAUUAAAUCAGCUGAGGAACCAGAAACAUUAUCUGAAUUGGAAUUUGAUAAGGAAUUGCCAAAGUAUGGAGUGGAUUGGGUGCAGUACAAAGCUCCUGAGCUGUUACUAGAUCUUUGCACCAGCGAUGAACACAUAUUUUGUGUGGAUAUCAGGAAUCAAAUGUACUUUUCUAAAUAUCCUGUUUUAGGCCUUCAUUGGAUGGAACUUAGCCAGCCAGCAGAAAAGAUAGCAGUUUCUCCUUCAGAAACUGUUGUAUGGGCUCUUUACAAGGGCACUAUUUAUGCUGCUGUUCAUAAAUCUGUUUUGCCAUGGGUUGAAACUGAAUGGCUGUCUGUUGCUCGAGAUAUUGUGUCAAUUGCAGUUGAUGAUGAUUGUGGUUGGUAUGUUUCUUCUAAUGGUCAUCUUAUAAGACAGAACAAUUUAACUCCUUCUCAACCUUUUGGAUAUCCAGAAGUAGUCCCUAUUAAAGUAUCUGCAUUACAAGUUGCUGUCAGGAAAGGGGUUGUGUGGAUUCUGACAAUAUCUCGGAGUUUGUUUUGUAAAAAAUAUUCAAAAGGAAAGUUAACAUCUCAGUGGAAAGAAAUUCAAUUGCAAGAUAUUCCUCCAGUUGAUAGCAUUUAUCUAGGAAAUCAACAAACAGGAUGGAUUGUGGACCAGAAUAAUGCUAUAUAUUUUAUGAUCGGGGUGACACCUGAAUCUCCAGAAGGCAUAGGAAAACCAUGGGAGGUUGAAGCAAGCAAUUAUUUAUUCCAACCUCCUGCUCAACUUCCAGCUGCUGUUCUAAAGGCUCUUAACAAUGAAAUGUUAACUAGCUUUAUUAGAGGAAAGCAACAUCUUUGCUUAUCGGCUUCAGUAUCUGGUGUAUGGUUUUGCAAAUCUUUUGAUAACCUGCUGUAUUCAAAUCAAAAGAACGUCAUUGGUCAUUUAUGGGAUCAGUUUGUCCCUCCUAGUACUGCAUCAGCAACAAAAUGGACUCUUAUUUCAGUCAGAGGUAGUUUCCAAUAUCGAGAUUCCCUGUGGUUUGUGAAUAAGGCAGAUGAACUUUUUUGUCUAUGCAACUCAAAUAGUCUUGUGGCUGUUGAACUUCCGUCUAUAGCUGGUAUUCGUAUGUUGGAGCCUUGCUCACAGUCGUUGUGGCUUUUAUCUCAAUGUGGAGCAAUUUAUGUUAGAAGAGGUAUUACACUUACCUGCUUGCAAGGUGGCUGGUGGCAAGCAUUAGAUUUAACACAACUUGGUUCUACAAGUAUCACCCAUAUUAGUUGUGCCCCGCAUGUUUCAUGGGCUUGCACAGAAGAAGGUAGUGUCUUGUUGAGAAUUGGUUCACUUUCUCCUUCUGCUCGUUCAAAACUUCCUCAAGCGUGGAUUCCUGUUUCAUCAGAUGUAGAAGAAAGUUCUUCUUCUUUUGUAGAAAAGGUAUAUGUAGGGCCACUCGGUUAUCCUGUAUGGGUUAUUGAUAGUAAACAUAAUGUUUAUGUCCGUGAAGGUGUGGAGAACAACUUGCCCAUUGGAAAAAAGUGGAUACUAGUCCCUGAACUUCCCGCACAAGAAUUAUGCAUUAGUAAACAUGCCGUAUGGCUUUUAUGUUCAUCUGGGAAAAUAUAUAGAAGAUUUGGAAUUUCAGAAAAAAAUCCAUGUGGAGAUUAUUGGAAACAAAUACCUGGCAAUAUGAAUUAUAUAUCUGGUAAGGUGCAAGAUAAUUUAUAAAAUUCUUUUAUUAAUUGUCCUUUUGUGAAUAGUGUGUAUGUUUGGAAGUAUUAUUAUUUAUUUUUUGACACUUUUUACUAUCUGUCUGUAAAUUAUUCUUGUUUUAAAAUGUGCAGUGGUGCCUUAUAUAACAAAUGUGUGCAGAGACAGAAAAAUGUCUUGCAUUAUGAAUCAUGCACAAAUUUUAUAACAUUAAACCUGAAGCUAAAUAUGUUUUAUUUUCUUUUCUAAUGACACAUUAAUGCAAAAAAAAAAAAAAAAAAAAUGGUUUGCCCAAAAACAAUGAUAUAUAUGUCUUGUAUCAUGAAUUAUAAGUAAUAAUGUAAAGGAUAGGACAGGCCAACGUACUUUUUAAUAUUUUAUUAUCACUGAAGAACUGCAAGCAUUUCUUGACCAGGAACCUAAGGAAGCCCAGAAAGAAGUUUCUGUGAGUAAGGAAGAGAAGAACAGAAAGAAUCCAUCCUUGUUGCAACUAUCAUCAGGGCUUGAUUUUUCAGUGGUAGAAAAAUACAUUUCUUUCUUUAUUUAUUUUUAUUUAUUUAUUUAUUUUUGCCAUAUACAGUUUUGUCUUCUUUGGCAGCAUAUGACAAAGAUAAAUGCAUAAGUGGGCUCAGACCUAAUAUCGACAUGACAAAAGGCGAGACCUAAGGGCGAGAAUAAAGCAAUGCCACAGAUAUACUGCUCUCAAGAGAAUCAGUUAGCAAACAUGACUUCAGCAGGUGAAACACGCUCUGAUUCUACCCUGUAAAACCUUGCUUUAAAUACUAUCUCUUUCUACCUCAUUUCAAUACAUGCAAACUAGAAAUUUUCAUUCUGGGAGGAAAAUGGAAAGAGAGAAAGAUAGCAAAGGUAAUUAACAUAAAAUAACUAAUUAGAUGUUUAAAAGUUACUUAUUUCUUGUUGCUAUUUGGAAGCAAGAUGUUUUCAGUGAUAACUCAUCUCUCACUAUUACCACUUGUACUCUACUCUCUCUCCACUGCUAGAGUACUUACUACUCUCUAACUAAUACCACUUCCCAUACUAUACAAAACAUUUUGUGAAUUGAGUGAUUUGCAUAAAAAAAUGCUAUUGCAAUAUAGAUUAGGUUUGUUAUGCAAGGUACCUCUGUACUUUAAUUAUAAAGUACUUUGUUAUGUAAAUUAAAAUUUUUAUAAAAAUUGCUUAAUUUAUAAUUAAAUUGUAAAUCUAUACAGUAUGUUGGCAAGGUAAUUGUAUUAUAAAUUUGUACUAUAUGUUUUAGGAUCAUUAAAAAUCAUA